GAACAGAAACUGGGUAUCGGGAGGGGCUAUCUGUAUGUCAAAAUUUGUCUCAUUGAAGUGCAACGAGGUUUCUAAACAAUCCAUUUUUAUACGGAACCAUUUUCAUAAAAAAAAAUUAUCCCUCUUGGCCAUGACGGACCCUGACCGACGUGCCUUCGUUGGGGAUAUGGUGCACUUUCUACGUGAGGAAAUUGAACGUCUCAAAACUGAGAGCGAUCUUGUUGAGAGUUUGGAAGUUGCUAUUCAAUGUCUGGAGGCUGUAUAUCAGCCUACGCACAGUGAUGUGAACGUAUGGCAGCUGUGGCGAACAGCGCAUGAUGUAAUAACCCCAGUUGAAGAUGCAGAGGCACUAAAAAACGAAGGCAACCGUUUGAUGAAGGAGGAAAAGUAUCAAGAAGCUUUGAGCAACUAUAAUCGCGCUAUUUGUAUUGACGUCCGCAAUCCCAUCUUUUACUGCAAUCGAGCAGCUGCCUGGAUUCGCCUAGGAGAUUUUGAUAGGGCUGUCGUUGACGCGCAAAUGUCGUUGAGAUACAAUCCAACAUACUGCAAGGCUCAUGCUCGACUUGGCGACGCAUUGGUAAAGAUGAACCGUCUGGAAGCAGCGGUAUCGGCUUUUGAGGAAGCUGUUCGGCUGGAACCUGCAAACGUUGAUUAUAAGAGCAAAUUGGAUAUAACACGACAGCGACUUCAAGAGAGUACAGAGGGUACUUCGGGUGUGAAUCAAGGCCUUGCAGAAAUGGCGGCACGUAUGAUGUCCGACCCAUCAGUGAAUGAAGUAUUGUCAUACCUCAAUGACGCCAAUAGUAUUGAGUCGCUACUAAACACUGGUCGUCAACUAGCAAUGCAGAUGGGUGCUCAAAACCCUCAACUUUUCACUGAUAUUCGUCGUUUGUUACAGUCCAAUCCACACGUGACAAACCUUGUAACAUCAUUGCAACAGCAAUCCAAUAAUUCAAGUUCACCUAAUGAAGAAGAGUCGAAGGAAAAAUAAAAAUAUUUAUAUACACACAUAUAUAUAAUGUGUGAUAUAUAUAUAUAGCAAUAAAUGGAUUUGUUCUAAUUUCUGCAUGGAAAAGAAAAUAUGUUAAAGGUUGAAGAAAAAACAAUUCCCACUAAAUUUCCCGUUGUUUAAGUUAUACGCAAAGCGUGUUUUAUGGAAAGCUAGGAUUUACUGCUGUUUGUUUCUGUAAAAUUUUUUUUUUUAAGUUUUGCACUUUAUAAAAAGAGUCCAAACAUUCACAUGAAAACUUUAAAGUACAAUAAAUCGG